AUGCCACAUUGCAUGGUGCCUAAUUGCACUAACGGAUCUAGAAAAACAAAAGGUAGCGAUGUAUCGUAUCAUCGAUUGCCAAACGACCCAACAAUGCAAAAAAUAUGGCUUGCACGGGUUCGUCGUGAUAAUAUACCGAAGCCAAAUUCAUGUUACGUAUGUAGCGACCAUUUCACUCCAGAUUGCUUUAGUACUUCUCUAAAGGAGAUAUUCGGCAUGAAAUCGAAAAAGAUCGAACCUAGUAGUGUACCAUCGACAUUUCCAUUUUUAAAUCGUAAACCCGAGCGAAAAAUGUCACACAGAAGAGAACAAAUGAGAGAUAGAAUUGCAAGACAUGAGGAAGUUAGAAGCAUAAUACAAUCACUAGAUGAAGAUACAAAUCUUGCAACAUGCAUUGAAGAUCAGCCUCCCAGUCCAUUGUCCAAGGAUGCCCAGAUUCAAUGUGAGCUUUCAUUGAUGCAGAAGCACAGUGUGAUACACCAAGACAAAGGACAGUUGCCAUACAAACUCUUGCACAAAGAAAAGGAAACCAUUAAAAAUAAAACGCUUCAAAAAAUGUUGCCCCUCUUUAAAUGCAGUUUCUUCAAGUCGUACACCAAAACCAGUAACAUCCCCCACAACUCCUAA